AUGUGGGAAAGACGACCUACCUACCAGUUGCCCUGUACUUCAAAGAAAACAAGGCAACAGAGAGAUACUUGGGAGGUCCAGCAGGACUCUGAGUCAACGCUGGAGUGUGAUCGAACAUUCUUCCUUUGUAAAGAUGGAACAGAAUGUGUCAGCUUUGAAUACCUGUGCGAUGGUGAUAAAGACUGUCUUGAUGGGUCUGAUGAGAUGGACUGUUCUGAAGUGUGUGAUGAACCAGAUGCAUAUAAAUGCCAAGAAGGGACCAUUUGUAUUCAAGGUCUUCUACGCUGUGAUGGUAUUGCCCAAUGUCCAGAUGAAUCUGAUGAAGUUAAUUGUUUUGAAGAAUCAGAAUCGUGUAGUCUCUGGUGUGACAAUCACCAGAGAUGUAUUCCAUCCCACUGGAUAUGUGAUGGCAGUGAAGAUUGUAGUGAUAAGACUGAUGAACGUGACUGUGGGUGCAGCAACGAUGACUUCACAUGUGAUGAUGGUCAAUGUAUUUCUUUAGCUUUCCACUGUGAUUUGAAGUAUGACUGCAGGGAUAAAUCAGAUGAGCGCAAUUGUUUCAAACCAAAGAAAGUUAUCUGUAAACCUGACGAGAAAUUGUGUCCUGUCAGCAAAGAAUGCAUAAUAAAGGAGUGGUGGUGUGAUGAUUAUGUGGACUGUGGAGAUGGAAUGGACGAGCAGAGUUGUGAAUCUUCAGAAAUCCAGUGCAGGAAAUUUCAAUGGAUGUGCAAUAAUACUCAAUGUAUUCCAAACUUUUGGCAUUGUGAUGGGCUGAAAGACUGCAAGGAUGGUAGUGAUGAGACAACAUGCCAGCCAAGACAAUGCAAGAGUUCUGAGCUAAAAUGUACAACAUCGGAGUGUAUCAACAUGAAUUUGGUUUGCAAUGGAAAGCCUGACUGUUCAGAUAUUUCCGAUGAGGGUGGCGAUUGUGACUUGCAUGAAUGCAUAAACUGUACUAAUAUAUGUUACAACACACCGAAGGGGCCGAGCUGUGGCUGUCCAAAUGGUUUUAAACUUGUGCCUGAUUCACACAGCUGUGUUGGUAUUGAUGAAUGUAAAGAACUAGCAACUAGACCUUGCAGUCAAAUGUGUGUAAAUAAGAAUGGUACCUACAGCUGCAGCUGCUACCCUCAUUAUCUACUAAACAAUGAUGGAAAGAGCUGUAAAGUAACAGGUGCUGAGCCAGUUCUUCUUGCUUCUGAUUACCACGAUGUCCUUUUGUAUAGAUUACACGGUGGUAAAAAAGACAUUAUUUCAGCUAUUGCAAAGAGCAUCAUGUUCCCUCUGGAUUAUGAUUGGAAGGAACAAGUAAUUUUUUGGAUUGACACUUAUUCUGAAAGUAUAAAUUGGAUAAAAAUGGACCAGAAUGAUCAGGGGAUGCUGAUCAAAGGAAUCCAGUCUGAAUGUUUAGCUGUGGACUGGGUGGGCAGAAAUCUUUACUGGGCUGAAGGAGCUGCUGGUCGUAUUCUGGCAGUGAGCUUGAACUCCACAUGGCAUGAAAUCAAAGAACGUGUGGUUGUCAUUGACACUGCUAUUGAUCAACCUUGCUCUUUAGUUUUGCAGCCACUGAGUGGAUUAAUGUACUGGUCUGAGAUUGGGAGCCAACCGCACAUUGAGAGAGCAGGCAUGGAUGGGACAAACAGAAAAGUAAUUAUCAAGCAAGGACUUGGAUGGCCAACCAGCUUGACACUUGACCUGAUUGAUUGGAAACUCUUUUGGGCAGAUGGAAAACUUCAUUGUAUUGGUGUGUCUAAUUUGGAUGGAACUGAGAUGAAGGUCAUGUCUGUCACCUUUCUCAACCUUGCAUACGCCACCUCCUUGACCAAAUUUACUACAACUUUGGUCAUCCCCAAGAUUUUCCAGUUGGCAUAUACUCGGAGGCCGUUUGGUCUAGCCAUAUUUGAGGAUGAUGUGUACUGGUCUGAUGUAGAGUUGAGAAGUAUUCAAAAAGCUGAUAAGAGACUUGGAAAGAACAGGACUGUACUCUUGAAACAUGGUCAACCAUAUAGCUUGAAGGUGAUGCAUGAAGUGCUGCAACCAACGACUGUAAAUCCUUGUGAACAAAUGGGCUGUUCGCAUUUCUGUUUGUUGGGCCCUGGGAUGAAGGGCAGUUGUCACUGUGGGCCAGAAAUGCUUCUGGCAGAUGAUGGCUUAACCUGUGUAAAAUCAGAUGAACCUUCCCUCUUGAUGAUAUCUCCCACAGUCCUUGCACAGUCAAACGGCUGCAUCGAGCUGAUCGAGGGUCUUGAUGUGUAUCUGAAACAUCAAGAUAAAUUGAAGGUUUUACCAGAACACUUAAACCACCAGCUGUUGAACAUGCAAGUGACUUCUGCUGAUUACAUCUGGAAAGACAACAUGGUUUACUUUGCAAAUUCUGAAGGCUUUAUUGGACAACUAGUAAUGGGGCCUAACAUUGCUUCAUGGCAGAAGAUUCUCCAGGUUGACAGUGAGAUCACCUCUUUAACAGUGGACUGGUUGGGCCAAAAUCUCUAUUUUAUCACAAGCAGACCUUGUGCAAUAGAAGUGACAUCUAUAAAUGAUCUUCAUCGACUUGUGUUAAUAGCAAAUCUCAGUCAUUCAACUUCCCUUGCAUUACAUCCACCUUCAGGCAUCAUGUGUUUCUCUGAAUGGGGGUCCAAAGACAAAGGAGAUGGUCCAAGGAUUGAAUGUUCUCUUAUGGAUGGACAGAAACGUAGAGUUGUUUGGAAAAAGUGUCGCCGUCCCACUGAUCUGAUCAUUACAGAAUCUGGCGAUCGGCUUUAUUGGAUUGAUUUGGAUCGUAGGGUUAUUAACAGUGUUCUCCUGGAUGGUUCUGAAUUUAAAGAAGUUAAAACAAACCUUGAUGAGCAUUCUGUGUUUGCAUAUGGGGAGAGCACACUGUUCUGGACAACUGUGGAUAAUGGUGACACAAAACUAUGGUACAGUGCAAUGGAGAAUGAACAGCAAUGGUUUGAAAUAGAGCGGAAGAUUGUUGGCCUUAAAAUAUACCACAGACGACAAGGAAGUAAUUUCUGUUCGGAGGAGAAUGGAGGCUGUAGCCAUUUGUGCCUAGCACGCCCUGGAGGUAGAACAUGUAGAUGUUCCACAGGAUAUCACCUUGUCAGUGGUGCUUGUGAAGCUAUGCAAUGCCCACAGCAGACUUUGCCAUGCCUUGACAGAUCCAGUUGCAUCUUGAAUGAACACGUGUGCGAUGGUGAAAAGCACUGUCGUGAUGGAUCAGAUGAAAUCAAAUGUGAUGUGAUGGGGAAGGAACCUGUGGACACAAGCAGCAUCUUUCCCAAUAUUGCAACACUGAACACUUAUUUCUCUCAAAUAACCACUUCAAGAAGGCUUCCAGUCAGUCCCACAACCUUCAGAGGAAGCUGGUUUCCUCACACAGAUGCUGAUGCAGUCACAUCUAGUUAUGGAGUCUCUCUGCAUGAUGCAAUGACACCAAGUCCCGUUGCAAACAAGACUGAUGGAGAUUUCAACGCAACUGAAGCAGGAAGAUCCAAGUCGUGUACACCGGAAGGGUGCAACAUGCAUGGGGAAUGCUAUGUAGUUGAUGACUUAAUGAUGUGUAAAUGCCAAGAAGGCUACACUGGAAGCUUCUGUGAGGAUCUGGUGGGCCCAGAAAUAGGCAUUCCUAUUGUUCUGGGGAUACUUGCUGUGGUACUGCUGUUUGCUAUUACAGCAUUCAUCUUGAAAAGAAGAGCUGGGAAAAGGAGAGAUCAUGCCAACUUGCAGUUUACUGCAGCAGGACGUGAGGAUCAGAUCAGGAUGGAUGAAGCCUAUGUCGAAGUACUAGAGGUAAUGUAAAUAUGGGAACAUAAACCUGCUUCCCUCAACCUUCUAGAAGUUGCAAUUGCAAAGCAGGUAUUUCAAUGUUAAUUAACAUUUUUCCUUUUCAUCCCGUUUAUUAUCCUGAAGUGAAUAUUAUCACCAAUAUUAAAA